CAGUCAUGGUCACAUGAUGUUUGGGAAGUCAUGUGACAACUAUAACUGAGCCUUCUUCCUUCGAGCCUCGGAAUUGGCACGAUGGGUCUGAAACAUGUUGUUUCACUCCUAGUUCUUCUGCCCUGUCUUCUAGCUCCAGGUUUGUCCGCUCCCACUGAGCCAGACGAGCAAUGGGGUUAUGUGACGGUUCGGGACGGAGCCCACAUGUUCUGGUGGCUGUACGUGUCCGACAGUAUGACCGCGAACUCCACACGCCUUCCUCUGGUGAUGUGGCUGCAGGGUGGACCUGGAGGAUCUGGCACUGGAUUUGGGAAUUUUGAGGAGAUUGGACCACUGGAUAGGAAUCUUCAGCCCAGGAGUAACAGCUGGGUCAAGGCAGCCAGUGUCUUAUUCGUGGACAACCCAGUGGGAACAGGCUUCAGCUACACUGACAGUCCAGAUCGUUUUGCGACAGAUGUUGCCACAGUAGCGUCCGACAUGGUGACAUUGCUGAAGCACUUCUUCAAAGAGAGAAAGGACUUCCAGGCCGUCCCCUUCUACAUUUUCUCUGAGUCAUACGGUGGAAAGAUGGCUGCCGCUAUUUCGCUGGAGCUGACUAAGGUUAUUGCUCAGGGGGGCCUGAGGUGCAAUUUUGCUGGUGUGGCGCUUGGGGACUCUUGGAUCUCUCCUCUUGACUCGGUCAUGACUUGGGGACCCUACCUCUACUCUACUUCUCUGCUGGACGAUGUUGGCCUGGAAGAUGUGAACAGAGCUGCAGAGGCGGUAAAGCAGGCGGUGGAGAAGCAGAAGUUUGAGAAGGCGACAGAACUGUGGUCUGUGGCUGAGACAGUGGUGGAGCAGAACACAAAUGGAGUGAACUUUUACAACAUCCUGACCCCAGAAGCAGAGGAGACCGGGGUCUCAUCUGCAGGAGACAACUUCAUCUCUCAACUAGCGCGCCGCCACAUCAGGCCCCUACAUGGCCAGUCACUGAGUGAGCUGAUGAACGGACCAAUCAGAAAAAAGCUGGGUAUCAUUCCACAAAAUGUCACCUGGGGAGGUCAGUCAGAAGAUGUGUUCAGCUACAUGUCAGGAGACUUCAUGAAGCCUGUAGUGGAUAUUGUGGAUAAGCUUCUGUCUGCUGGCGUCAAUGUUACUGUGUACAACGGACAGCUGGACCUUAUCGUGGACACGAUGGGUCAAGAGUCAUGGGUGAAGCGGCUCGAGUGGAAGGGAAUACGUGAUUUCAAUAGUCUCAGGUGGACACCUAUUGAUGACCCUGCAACUCCAGGCAUAACUGGAGCCUUCUACAAACUAUACAAGAACUUUGCCUUCUAUUGGAUUCUCAAAGCAGGUCACAUGAUUCCUUCGGAUCAGGCCCCAAUGGCUCUGCAGAUGUUGAGGAUGAUCACGCAGCAGGAGGUCUGAGGUCAGCCGCGAUAACUGCCUCAAGCUUUGCAGCUCAACCAAAUAUUUCCUUUUCUUAUGAUUGCACUGUUGGAUCCAGAACCAUUUUGAUGACAAAUAUGCAAAAUUAGCAGUGUUUUUUUUUUCUUUACAAAUAAAUGUUUUGUGUGAAAUUGACUUUUCUCAUA